AUGUCACAAUUGAAAUAUGAACAAAAAUUUUGUGAAGCAAGAGAAUUAAUUACUGAUAAUGAACUUCGUCGUUUAGCUGAUAAAUAUCAUAAUCGUCAUCCGACAUUUUCUAUUGAUAUACAAGAACGAACAUGUAAAACAAUAAUUCUUGCUUGUAUUUAUCAUUAUCGUCAUAUUGAAAUAGAUUUAAGAUGUCAAUAUAUAUUUGAUGAUAUAUUGCAUAAAUUUCAAUUGAGUUGGUCAACAGAUGAUGUUGAAUAUAAAAACAUUCUUGAAAAUAUUUUUUUACAUUUGAACUCUUUAUCGAAUAGACGAUCACUUGAUGAUCAAAUUGAAUCAAUCAUUGAACAACUAACAAAAUAUUUUAUUCAAUUAAAACCAAUUAAAGAAGAACAAGAACAAUCAUUUAGGACAAUAAAACAAAAUUCAACAUUAUCAUCAUUACCAAUAGAAAUAGUUAAAUAUUCACGAUCACCUCAAAGUCAACGACGACAUUUACUUGAUCGAUCAUUAUCAUGGUCGCAAUCAUUAACAUCAUCUCCGAUUUAUAAUAAAUCUAAUUCAUUAUUAAUUGAAAGACAAAAGAAAAGUUAA